AUGAUGAAGAAUAUUGUUACUUACCGAAUGGGAGGGGAUAAAAUUGAUCAGAAGAAGAAAGAGCGGGGGAGAGACAGUAGUGAGAGGAACCCCAUGGGAAAAGGCCAACCCACUCUGGAGAAGAAUAAUGAAAAAAAUUACACAUACAAGGGAGGAUGCAUCAAUCAGAGAAAGACCAUUUCUGGAGCGGAGGAGAUGAACCAAGAAAAUUUACUAUUGAAUAUGUUGAACGGUGGGGGUAGUACUAUGCCUAUCCGCCAUGAUGAUGGUACUUCACCUUUGCACACACACAAGAAUGGAAGAGACAAUGACAUAGACGGUUAUCCCACUCGCAAAGACAAAAAAGGAAAUGGUGAACUGUAUCAACAGAGCAUUAAAACAUAUUACGAGUUGUAUAACGUUAUAAAAUAUCACAACAUAGAUAGAGACCGAAGGAGGAAUAGACUCAUCCAUUUUUGUGAAGGGGUAAAAUUGAAGAGAUCAUCCAAAAUAAAUAAGCACAAUGGUGAUGUGAUGGAUGAAGAGAAAAGUAGGAGAGUUGCCCACUCGCCAUUUGGACAACGUCCAGUAAGUCAUCAGAAAGAUGAAAAGGAAGAUUCACUGGAAAACAUUCUAACCCUCGAAUGGAAGGAUGACCACUCCUCCAACUACAUCCUUGACCGUUGCAACGAGCAGUUACUGAAAAGGCAAGUAAAAAUACACCAAACGGAUUUCAUUGAAAUAGAUGAUAUAUUCGAUGAGGGAAAAUUAAGUUUUGUAAAAAACAGGAAAUUCUGUUUUUACAAAAAUGGGGAAAUGAAUAAGUUCUGCAGGGACAAGCAGGGGAGGAAGGUGGAGUCUCGGCGGAUAUCUCGAGAGAGUCAUCUGAACGGUGGAAAAGGAGCGCAGGUGAAGAGUAACAAGCGGGUAGAGGAGGAGGAGGAAGAAGAAGAAGAAGAGUACGAGGAGCAAGCGACAGAUAGUAGUCCACGCUGUGGGGGAGCGAAUACGUAUGAGUAUCCUCCCCAUCGGAAUGGGAACAUGGACGAGGGGAACAUGGAUGAGGGGAACAUGGAUGAGGGGAACAUGGACGAGGGGAACAUGGACGAGGGGAACAUGGACGAGGGGAACAUGGACGAGGGGAACAUGGACGAGGGGAACAUGGACGAGGGGAACAUGGACGAGGGGAACAUUGACGAAGAGAACAUUGACGAGGAGAACAUUGAGAGAGGGGACAUGCCCGGGGAGAGUCCCAUCGGAAUAGAAACCCUCCCUGAGUAUUCGCAUGAACGGAGAAGUGAUGAGUUUCCGGAGAUGCAAAUGGAAGGCAUAGGCAUGUCAGAUGGGCUGGAGGAAUUCAGUAAAGUAACUUCCUCUCCUCACGGUUUGAAAGAAGCCAAGCAGGGAGGAGAAAACUCAAAUGAGCAGAUGGAGUGGAGCGAGGUGGACAUUGACGGAGAGUUUGCCUUUGGCGAGGAGAAUGACGAAUUUCAAAAUGACAAGGGAAGUAGCCACCCAAAUGUGGAGGGAAAUGUGAAGGAGGAGGAUGGGUUUCUGUCAGAUCUCUACGUGGGGGAUACAAAGGAAGAUCCAAAAGAGGCUGGUGCAGAGGAGCAUCCAGAAGGGGAUGGGGAAUACGACUUGGACUGCGAGUUCGAAGAUGUGGAGGUGAAGGAGGCGCUUGACGAAGGACAAGAUGCCGACAGUUUGAUGAAUUUGUUGGCGGAGGAGAUGGUGGUGGGGGGCGAAGCCCCAGAAGGGGGAAACGUAGAAUUUGAAGAGGACGGACUGAUUGGCGAUUUUGAGGAGGAAGGAUUGGUUGAAGAAUUGGGGGAAGAUGGAUUGGUUGAUGAAUUGGGGGAGGAUGGAUUGGUUGAUGAAUUGGGGGAGGAUGGAUUGGUUGAUGAAUUGGGGGAGGAUGGAUUGGUUGAUGAAUUGGGGGAAGAUGGAUUAGUUGAUGAAUUGGGGGAGGAAGGAUUGGUUGAAGAAUUGGGGGAGGAUGGAUUAGUUGGCGAGUUUAUGCAGGAUGAACCACCUGCGGAGGGCUCAGAGUCAAAGGUGCACGAUCACGAUUUCGACACGGGGAGUUUUGCAAAAGUAAGCGACCUGUUCGACGACAUACAGGUGGAAGAUAUCGGAGCGGAGGAAGAAGGGGAAGACUCUCUGUUGAAAGAGCAGGAUGGAGUGAAGAUGGAGGAGGAAGGCGACUACGCUGAGGAGUACGACGGAAUGGCGAAGCAUGAGCAGGCCACGUUGCAUCAAAUCACGCCGAGGCAGAUUCAGCAGGACGGGGAGGAUGAUGGCCCUCUGCACGUGAACGUGGAGCAAGAUUUUAUCAAGGAUCUGGGCCUAACGAAGGAAAGGGAAAAUGUAACUUACAACGUGAUGAUGUACCCAUAUGAUCAUCCAUCUGGUGGACUGAAUGGGACGAACUACUCAGGGGUGCAGAGAAAUCUAACCUCCCGGGAAAACCAGUCGAAGAGAGAAAGUUACGACUUUUUCAAAAACAUUUAUCGUGAUUAUUUUAAUCAGUCCAACAGGUCCAAUCGGUCGAAUCGACUGAACCAAUCGGACCAGGCGAAUGAAGCCAGUCAGUUGAGUAACGAGGAGCUGCACCUCUUCGGUGCAGAUAUCACGAAGAAUUCCUAUCUGUAUAUUCUUGAAAAUUAUGCGAAUCUAUACAAAUAUAGUCACUUGAAUGUGUUGAACCCGCUUAGUUGUAAGGACUACACGGAUUAUGUUUUUAAGGGCAAACGAAUGGAGAGUGAAUUGAUAUAUGAUGAGCAGAUUAUCGACGAAGUUUUUAGAACCCAUGAUGAUGGAGGUUCUGAAGAAGUUGCGAAACGGGCGGGUACAACACGUCGUCACGGUACAAAUGUAUCUAAACAUGCAGAACGAUUGGUUUAUAAAAAUGGAAAGGAAGUUGAAGGGGAUAUCCAACGUGAUUUCAUCAUAAAGGGGGUUACAGGAUCUACCAAUCAAGGCGGGGAGGAGGAGUACCCCUCUGCAGUGGUACCAAGUGGUAGUAACGCAGAAAACAUGAUGAUGAAUCUCUACAAACGAAACCACAGUAACAACCAUGGGGAAAUCCCCUUCAUGAGGAAGACGAACGAAAUGUUUUACCUGAACAUGGGGGUUGAACCAUCCGGUUGGAACUACACAGGUGCUGAUGCAGGGACUGGUCCUGCGAAUGGACACCAUAUCUGCCUGGACAAUUUCACCAACAUAUGGGAUCACUUGUAUUCGAAGCGGAAGCAUUUCGAGGGAAGAGAAAAAAACAGCAUCUUACAAGAAAUAAAUAAGAAGCUAGCUAGCCAAAUACAAAGGAAUGAACAAAUUUCAUUUCUUCUGAAAAAUUUUUUUUUGAAACAUUCUCCUACGUCCAACCUGUUGCUCACAUCCCUCAUUUGUUCACCGGAUGAAUUUAAGCAGAUCUUCAAUCAGAAAUACGACUUUUCUCUUUUGAGGACACCCUCUAAUGACACCACAGAAGGGGAGAAUUUCACUUCCGUCUCGACUAAUGAUAUUGGUGAUUCAUUACACCAUGUGGAGAAGAGAGAAAAGACGGAGGAGUGGGUGGGUGCCCCCUUCGGAGUAACUCCCAUCGAAAUGAUCCCCUUCACAGUAACCCCAUUAAUCCAUUCAAACGAACAGACGAACAUUUUUAUUCAAAAUAAAGAACGGAGACUUGAAUGCAUCGAGAGUAUUUUGAGUAAGAGUAAAAAUAUUUUUUUCUUUACGAACCUGAAACUAGACAACUGCUACAAGAAGAGGAACCCCCACGAAAUCGAGAACGAGCGAAUCUCCCUCAGUACUGUAUAUGUGCACACUCGUAUGGCCAAUGCAUAUUUCUACAAUUAUGAAUUGUCGAAUAAGAAGGGGGUGAUUGCUUUUUCUCGUUUCCACAAGUUAGAUUUUAGAACAUCUAUUGGGAGGCGCUCCCUUGUGGACCCUAGGGAGGAUGAGCAUUCAGAUUAUCAGGAAUUGCCUGAUUAUUCAGACCAAGGGGGGGGGUUGAAUCUGGGCGCACUCAAGUGGAAAUUCCUGAGGGUGACCAUGCGGAAGGGGUGCGUUUUGGGGGAUGCCUUUUUUGACUCACCUAGUAGAGAAUCGACGGAAGAGGUACCCAGUUUGGCAAACGUGGAAAGUGCGAUAGACGUGAUCAACGCGGCAAACGUGGAAAGUGCGGUAGAUGUGAUCAAGACGGAAAACGCAACCGACAGACAGACGGGCCCCAAGCUAAAAUUGAAGCUGAACGCGAAGAACAUACUCCCACCAAAGAAUCAAAGUCGCGUAGAGCACCAACUGGACCUCCUUGCAAAUAUACUUGUGGACCCAGAUUACAAAAUCAGUAGUGCCUACAAAAUUGAUAAAUGGCAAGUACAAAAUAUGUGUGAUAAAUUACCAAUGGUUCAGUAUGAUGAACAAACGAAGAAGGAGAACCCGUCCUUUUUCUUUUAUGACAACUCAUGUUUACAUCUGUCGGAUGACAGCCCGCUGGUAAUUUUUGAAUACAUAGAAAGGGAUCCUUUGGUCCUUCCCAAAAUUGGCAUGAACAGUAAAUUGAAACAUUAUUUUAUGUGUAGGAAUGAAGAGAAUCUCUACUCUCUUGAUUUUAAGAGGAGAAUGAAAAGGAACAUGGAACCCUUCGGGGAAAUGAAUGUUGUGAAUCAACCAAUUAGUUACUUUGGAGUCCCCGUUCGGACGAAAAAGGCAAGCCAGAAGCUCAGCUUCCUUGAGAAUGAGCUCUUCAAGGCAUUUCUGUUCACACCGCCCGUGUAUCGUGCGGGAGGAGGGGGAGGAUUGUCAGAGGGAGAAGACGGGUUAUCAGAAGAGGCACUAGCUGAUGAAGUAACUAACCGCAUGGACAACGAACCUACCGCUAAUAUGAUAACCGCACCAUUGGCAAACGAAGAAGAUAUACGGAAAUCUAAGGAGAACGGCAGGCAGGAAAACCUUUUCUACGAGACCGAUUUUCUCCUCAUAAGGAACACAUGCGCAGGUUCUGAGAGCAGAGUUUUUUUGAAGCCUCUUCAUGUGGAUGGCAAUUUGUACAAAGCGGUGGCUAAGGAGAAGGGAGAUGCAUCACAGGGAGAGGUGCUCCCGAUGAGCAGAUGUACCGAUGGUGGUUACAGCGAUUGGGGGGGUACGGAAGGAAGAAUUGCGGAGAAACCGCCUAUAGGGGAGGAGGUGAUCCAUUCAGAUGGGGUCCACAAGGGAGGUGAAGUAAUCCCCCAUGAUGAUGGAAACCAUGUCGACGAUGGCAACCAUGUCGACGGUGGCAACCAUGCCGACGAUGGCAACCAUGCGGACGAUGGAGACUCCCCCGUCGCGCCACCCCUGAACUGCGUAUUUUACAACGUGGGGUUCCUAGACCUGCACGUAGACAUAACAAAUCCGUCGUAUAAAAAGUACAUUACGGAAAAGAGGAACUAUGUGCGAACCUGGAUGAUGAAGUUAAUUCAAAAGUACAAACUUAAGGAUACAAGAAAAAUAAAAGAAAUGCUAAAGGCAAAAAUGUGCACCUUCAUUAAUGAGAAAGACAUGAGCGCAGUUGUUAAGUCCAUCGAUUUUAAUGUGCUCUUAAGUAAAAAUUAUCUGAACGAUGAACAACAGAAGAAUGUUUUUACGUUAAAAAAUGUAUGCACCAUUGAAUGUACCUACCACUAUCUGCAGUUGUUGAAAUACGAAGGAAUUGAUUUUCAUAAAAUGAUAGAGCAGGAAGACAAGCUAAAUAGACUCAUAUGUAUCCUCAAGAUAGAACGAGAGAGAGCAAAAAAAAAUAUUGAAAAUAUGAAAAGGAAAAUGAAAAUGAUUUACAAAAGAUACUGUUACAAGAAAGAAGCAAAGACAAUCAAUUUUCAUUUAAAAAAGAAACAAAUUAAUAUUAAGUUAAUAAAGAAUUACAAUUACGUUGGUUCAUAUUUUUACGACAAGCACAUGUUGAACUACUUACUCUACAUCAAGUACCUCAUUUCAUGCUCCCCUUGGAAUGUUCUGAAAGAUUUCAGUUGCGCACCAUCGCAAGGGGCGAAAGAGGGAGAUGAGGGUAUCGCGGGGCCAGGUGGAGAGGGGCUAGGAAGAGAUGGAAAGGAAGAUGAAGAGGUUAAGAAUGAAGGAGGAGGAGGAGGAAGAAGAAGAAGAAGGCGGAGAAGAAGGAAAGUCGAAAUGAACAUGAAGGAGAAGGAAGAAACAAGAAAAAAAAAAAAUAAAAUAAAGAAGAAGAGAAAGAGAAGAGGAGAAAAAAAUACGGACAUCACUAAGGAGGAUGCUCCUUCCGAGGUAGACUGGUGGGAAGGAGAUCACAGUGGAGGGGGAGGUGCCAAGGUAGAAAGUGCAAACGGCAGGGGAAGGAACAGAACCAGAUCCGUGGAGGAUCGCAGGUUCACGUCUGAUGAACCCACUAAAGAGGAGCUCUCUAGUGAUGAAGAAAAAUAUAGAAGCAAAACUAUAGACAAGAAAAGGAUUAAAUCUAGAAGAAGGGAGGAUCAGUCAGAAGACUCCACCGAAGAGGUGGAUGAUGAGGAAGAGGAGGAGGAGGAACACCUACAGAAGCGCUCGCGGCGACGACGCACAAGUGGAGGAAGAAGGGGAUCGCCUAAUGAAGACAACAAAAACGAUGAUCAGGAAAUAGAAAAGGAAACGAACGAUAAGAAAACCGACUCCGGGACAAAUAGAAAAAAAACGAGGAAGAAUUAUUCCUACACAGCCUACCUGUUUAAUCACGUUGUGUGUAACGAAGCUCUCACACAAAUGGGAGAAAGAUAUAAUGAUAAAUGCCACCCCCAACAGACGCAUGACCUGAGGGAGAACAACAAGUCUGCCACUUCCAAUUGGAGAGGAAAAAACAAGUUGUACUCACGAAACGGAAGUGCACAUAAGAGGGAAGUGGGGAGGAAGGAUAAGCAAGAUGAGAAGAGGGGCGAUAAACGAAUUGAAAAAAAAGGUACCCGUAUGUAUGGUGGAAAUAGUAAAGGUUAUGUUUUUCACGGAAAGGGAAAAUACAAUUUCAGUUACUUCCACACGAAGAAAAGGUUAACCAUGGAUAGGGAUGAUGCAGUCAAUUUGCGAAGGUUUAGAGGUACCCAGGGUUCACAUCGAGGAGGUAUAUAUGAAGAGGAAGUGGAGGAUAAUGCGGAUAAUGGCGUAGAGGAUGUAGAUGACGACAAAUCGGAAAUUUCAAAACGACACAACGAUCACCAUGAAGGGCACGCACCCGAUGUGGGGAGAACCAACCAAGUGAUACGUAGAAAGAGGCUGAUGGGUGGUGGAGUAACUAAAACGAACGAAGAGGCGGAGAAAAAAAGUACUAGAAGUGACAACACGUUGUGUAGCACCCGGGUCGUGGCGCACCUAACCUCUAGAGACAUAGCGAAGGCGCUCCUCUCCAUAGGAUUUAACAUGGCAGAGCUGAGAAAAAUGAGUAGAUGUGAUCAAAUAUGUAAGUUGAAGGCAUGCAUAAGGAACGGGAGAGUAAACUCCCAAAACAAGAUUAUCUAUACCUGCAUGGUGAAAAAAAUUAUAAUGGAACAAUUUAAACAUCUACAUGUGCCGGUUCAUUUGAAGAUAAGCAAUAACGUGUUAUACAUGAGUGAGAGGAAAGGAGUGGACGGAAGUGAUCACCCCGGUGGUUCACUCGAUCCUUCCUUCCAUGGUAAUCGAAGCAACCCCCUCGUAAGUCCGUCCAACAUUCUGCUACAAGGGGAGAAUCGCCACCCGAAGGAAGAUUACACAGAACUAUACAUGAAUAGUAAGAGGAAACCGGUUGAAAAGAACCGAAUUAAAUUGCUGAGGAGCUUCUUUCAACCUCCUUCCAGUGAUGUGGACGAGUCUGGCUCCUCCUUUUUCUUGUCGUCUUCCUCUUCAUCGGAAGUCGAGACGGAUAGCUCCUCAGAUUCCAGUUCAGACGAGAGUUCGCUCCUUCUUGGGGAGGGAACUCCAUUAGGGAGAAUCAAACAGAAGGAUAGAAGUGCACGUAUGGGAGGUAAGCAUAAGAGGAGAGGUCGCGGAUUAGACGAGGAAGAAUCAGAGGAAGAAGAAGAGAAGAAACACCUGGAAGUGAUCAGGGAAAUGCAGACGAAGAAGGACCAGCAAGAGGAUGACAAGGAUAAUUAUAAAAUGGUGCAUUGCUUAAAAUGGACGAGAGUAUACGUAAGUAGGAGCGACCACAGUGAUCCAGUUAGUAACCAUGGAAAUGCACAAUUCCAGAUGUAUGAUCACUCCAAGAGUGGUCCUUGUGGUGGCAUCCUCAACGGGGAGGAUGCCCUAAACCAGGAAGGUAACCCCUUACACACGUUUCCUCACCCGGGAAAGCCAAAAGAAGCAUUUGACCAUGGUAGAGGAGCAGACAAGAGAGACCAAACCAUGUUGAAGCACCCCAUGAAGGACAUGGACAAUCUUCUCCUGGACGAGAAAGCCAAAGUGGAUAGAGUGCACACUCUAUACAUAUAUGGAGAAAAAAAUAUCAACACCUUUCUUCGAUGGAAAAGCUUUAGAUCUGUUGUCAGAAAAUAUUUUACCCUCGUAAAUGCAAAUUAUAUGAAUGAACAAGCCAUGGGGGAGGAAGGAACCAUGAGAGGCAAGACCACCCAGAGAGACAAUGCACCCGGGAAUAGAGACUCGCAUCCACAUGAUGAGGAUGAUGCAGACGAAAGUGUUGGAAAGGAAAAUCUAUUCUCCAAUAAAGUGAAGAAAAAAAGGCAUAGAAGACGCAGGAGAGGAAUAGAUCUUGAAGGGGAAGAAGGAGGGAUGAUGACAGCCUCCAUGUAUGCAGCCCCCACGUUCAAAAACGUUCUUCGGAUCUUCCCGACCGUUGGAGGAGAGUUAAAAACGUGGCAUUCCGGAAAGAAGCAGACAAAUAAAAAUGACAUCAAGCAAGAGAAAAAAAAAAAAAAAAGGGACAAACUUAACAACCAGAGUAAGAUCAAAGGAAAGGAAAGGAAGAAACGAAGAAGGGGAGAAUUCUAUGUUGAUGUGAACACCAGCGUGGGCAAGCUCAUGGGAAGGAAGUACGUCAAUACGAACUAUUCAGUCAAUAUUAAGAUGAAUAAAUCGAUACAUAAAUCUGCGUCUAUGGCGGCAUCGAGACGUAGGAGGUUGUAUCCUCUGGCGACUGAUCAGGUUGCCCAGAUGGCUAUGGAAAAAAGAGGAAAGAGGACGAGACGCACAACCGCCACUCCUGUUGCUUUGAGUGGUAAACUCCAAAAAUCCAGGAGGGGAUUCUCCAGCGAUGUUACAAAUGAAGAAGACCAAACAGGGGAAGAGACAGCGGGUGAGGAGGAACUGGUUGAACCGGACGGAACGGAUGAAUGGGACGAGGCCGCAGCGGAGGAAGAGGGAGCUGCUGAUGAUGAUUCAGUUGCGGAAUAUGCCCCGGUCGAGACCAACGAAGCAAGCAGACGAAGGCAAUUGCGGAGCCAGGUAGCCAGAAGCAACAGCUCCGUAACACAUUCCUUGAAAGAUGAAGAGGAUGAUUCCCAUCGAACAGGUAAAAAUAGAAAGAGGGGAAGAGAAGAAAUAGAAAAAGGAAACGAUAGGAAGACCAAAAGGGGAGACCGCAGUGACGGGGGAAAUAUGAGAGAACAGUCGAAAGAUCUGGAAGAGCAAGACUUCCCGUCCAAUUUGGCUGAGACAACUGAGAAGGGAAUCAGAAGAAAUACGAACAUACUACUAGAUAGCAGUGCAAACCAAAGGAACGAAUCGAAUGAAAAAACUGGUAUAGAAAGUGCAAGGAAAAAAAUGAAAAAAGGGAAUACAUACAACAAUAUAAAGGAAGUUAUCGAAAGGUUUAAUGAGCUUCUCAUGUCGAUCAUGUCGAGUAUCGCAGAAGUGAUGAACUACAAAGCCUUCCUCAACGAAGUGAAUGAAACUUACGCUCCCCUGUAUUACACAAUUAUUAAAAAACCCAUGUAUAUAAAUAAAAUAAUUUUCCGGUGCAAAAAAAGGAAGUACAACAGUUUAAAUGUUUUCUUCGACGACGUGAAUCUCAUCGUAAGCAACUGCAAACUGUAUAACACCCCGACGUCGGUCAGUGCCUACCUCUGUGUCAUCGUGGAUAACAUGCUUCUCGACAUCGUUAAUAAAGUAAGGUCUGAUGAAAACCUACAGAACUACAAUAAUAUCCUCAUCGAGCACUUUUACAAAAACAAAAGUUUGAGUAACACAUGGGAGAACCUCAACAUGGACAUGGGCGGGGGGAGAGAUCAAAACAGCGCAGGGGGCUUAACCCUUGCGAACAACACCGCGCCAUCCCUAAAUAUGUAUUCCGAGAUGAACUCGAAGAAUGCGCCUGCAGGGGAGGGCAAGUAA